CGUCCAGCUGAGCGUAGGCAGGAAGUAGCGCAGAGGACUGAGCAGAGUCAUCAACACAGUCACGUUGGUUUAUUUUGAUGCCUCUUUUACAGCACGUUUGAGAGAACAGAGUAUUCCUACCUCCACAGUGCUGCUUUUGGUUUGACCGUGUGACAUUUCAGGAUCAUGGCCGACGGUCAAGAGGCUGAAGUCGACGAGCCGCCCAGUGUCAGUGUCCCUCCGCUCAUCACUGUGUCUGAUCUGCCAAGUGCCACUGCUGCAGGCCGUAACCUGAAGGAAUGGCUCCAGGAGCAGUUCUGCGACAAACCCCUGGAGCAGGAUGACAUGCGGCUCCACAACGCUGCCUAUGUUGGAGACCUGGAUACCCUGAGGAACCUGCUGCAGGAGGACGGCUUCAUGCGGCGCAUCAAUGAGAAGUCUGUAUGGUGCUGUGGCUGUCUGCCCUGUACCCCUCUGCGGAUCGCAGCCACGGCCGGACACGCAGCCUGCGUUGCUUACCUGAUCGCACAGGGAGCGGAGGUGGACCUGGUUGAUGUGAAAGGUCAAACGGCCCUCUACGUAGCCGUGGUUAACGGUCACCUGGACUGUGUCAGGAUCCUCCUCGAAGCAGGAGCUGAUCCCAAUGGAAGUCGCCACCACCGCAGCACUCCACUGUACCAUGCCUCACGGGUGGGGCGGCUGGACAUACUGCAGGAACUUAUAAGGUUCCACGCUGAUGUAGACAUGGACCACCAGCUGGGUCCCCGGCUCCUCUUAAGCGCCCGCACCCUCAACACCCUCGUGGUGUGUCCUCUCUACAUCAGUGCUGCCUAUCAUCACCUCCCUGGUUUCCGGCUGCUGCUCCAGGCUGGAGCUCAACCCGACUUCAACUACACGGGGCCAGUGUGCCACGAGGCUCUGACCCGCGGCCUGGCCUCCUGCCUGCUGGAUGCUGUGUUGAGACAUGGGUGUGAGGUGGCCUUCAUCCACCUGCUGCUGGACCACGGGGCCAAUCCGGCACUGGUGCCCUGGGAUGAGUCAGAGCUGGAGGCUCCUAAUCGGAGGAAGGUGGAUCCAGAGGCACUACAGGUCUUCCUGGAAGCGAGGAAAAACCCACGAAGGCUCACACACCUGUGUCGCAUCAGGAUCCGCAGAACGCUGGGCAAAAGCCGUUUAAACCACAUAACCUCAUUACCACUCCCACAACCCAUCAAGAACUUCCUACUCCACCAGAACUGACAACCAUCCACCUUUUCUUCGUCUACUGAGCCCCUCUGAUCCAAACCUUCAAAACCACCCAGGAUAGAACUUUUUUUAUUCUUAUUUUAAUAAUAAUUUUCUUGAAAUAGAGAUGAUUGAUAUUAUUUUCCAAACAUUUUGAACAGCUGUGUCAUCAGGGUCUCCUUAGAAAGUCAUUACCCAUAGAAACUUUGUGUGCUUGUAGAUGUUUGCCUGGUUAAUGUCCUGGUCCUGCUUCAUGUAGCACCUUCAGCUUAAAAGCCAUAAUAUCAUUUAGUUUGAAGCAAUGACUCAAACAUUUGAUGUCCAGUAUAUCCUGUUAUGAUACUGAGUAAUACAAGGACUUAGAACUAGCUCAUUUACUCACUCACUGGUCUGGUUUCUGUAAACUUGGAUUGUAAGCCUUUCACCAACUUUAAUCAGUGUGACUGGUAAAAUGUGCAGGAACCCUGUGUUCUGAAGUUUAGGAUAAAAAAGACUGGAUGGCCUAAAUGAAAAUGUAUUAGCUUCCUAUUUCUGCUUCAUUUAAAGCAUUAAGCACUUUAAACUGACCGGCACUGAAAUGCCAUAAUGUGUGUUCGCAAGCUACCAAGACGGGUGUUCCUUGUUCACGUUUCGUGCCGGGAUGGUGGUUGAUUAUUUUGAGCCGUAUGCCUUAAUAUUGGAUUUAAACUAGCCUCAGAGAAGAAUCAGACCUGAUAAAUAAAUACAAUUCAGUUAGAGUAAAAAAAUAUAUAGCAAACCUUGAAUUGAGCACCUUAAGGUCCUGGAUACUUUCUGAAACACAUACAGCAGAACAGGUUUACAUUCUGGAUCUUAUUAUUAUGGCCUGUGUAAGUGUAACCAUCAAAACCCGUAGAGAAGACUUUGUAAGAAACAUGUGCUGCCCAAGCGUAUUUAAGAAAGCUCUUUCUGUCAUGGAAACAUAUUUAUAGUGAUGAUGAUAUGUGAGGUAUAUUCAUUUAUUUAGAAUAGGCUGCACCUAAGUCUACUGUGCAUGUUUGUUGCAGAGCUUUGUUUCAUUUCUCUACAUUUCUAUUGGUGACAUGAAAUGUCAGUGAAUUUGGAUUUGCAUAUGUCAUCGUCUGUGCAUACAGUAAACAUGCAAUACUUCUA